AUGCUGAGAUUGCCACCAGCAUACCGAUCGUACCAUGUAUUCCAACCCAGAAAACUAUCCAAAGAGACGUUGAAGAGUCUACCAACUCAUGAGUUGCUGCAAACACUGGGCUUUGUGAGGCAAUCUCAAAGUGGUCUUGUAAACUGGUUACCUAUGGGCCUGCGCUCUCUGACAAAGAUCGAAAAUAUUAUUCGUCGUCGAAUGAACAAUGAUGGCAAAGCCAUGGAGGUUCAAUUAAGCACAUUGUCCCCCAAAUCGUUGUGGGAGACCACUGGCCGUUGGUCGAACACUGAGCUGUUUAAACUGAAGGACGCCAAGAAGGCAUCCUAUUGCCUAACACCUACUUGCGAAGAAGAUAUCACUGCAUUGAUGAAGAAUUACAUUUCAAGUUAUAAAGAUUUGCCUUUGUUAGUUUAUCAGAUCACUAAAAAAUAUCGUGAUGAGCUUAGACCUCGAGGUGGAUUGCUGCGAGGUCGUGAAUUUCUCAUGAAGGAUGCAUAUUCAUUCGCAACCAGUAAAGAAGAAGCCAUAGGGAUUUUCGAAAGGGUAAAUUCUGUCUACGCUAAGAUCUUCACCGACCUCAAGAUCCCCUUUCUCAGUGCCUGGGCGGAUAGCGGCGAUAUUGGCGGCGAUCUGAGUAAAGAAUACCAUUAUAUACACCCAUCAGGGGAGGACACUUUAAUGAAGUGUGAGGAUUGUGGUAUGUCAUCUAACGUAGAAAAAUGUGAAUCCUUUCCAAUCGAAAAUGGUGAACAUUUGGGGGACGUUGAUGUGCAAUACACUCUGAGUAAAGAUCACGGUACUUUGGUGUGUCUGUAUUACCCACGAGGCCGCCAAUUGAACUGGAACCUCGCUUUGGAGUCCCUGGAUCACGAUUUGGACAGUAGUAUAAGAGAAAAGAGCAACAAGGAUAUCCUAGAAAUCUUCCAAGAAUCAAAUGAAGACGUAAUGUUUGCAAAGGUUCUUCGGGUGAUGGAUUGCCGAUUAAACUCAAGAUCCAAUUUCCCAGAUUUCCCACUAAAACAGUAUCUGAAGAACAAUUUCGGCAAGAUCGACGACGUAUCGCUAGUCGAUGCCAUCGAGAACGAGGUUUGCGGAUCCUGUAAUGAAGGCCACCUUAAGGCCUUCAAAACUAUCGAAGUAGGUCAUACGUUUCAUUUGGGAACCAAAUACAGCAAAUUACUUGAAGCCAAAUUCACAGAUCGCGAAAAUAAGAGCUCCAUCAUCGAGAUGGGAUGUUUUGGUAUUGGUGUGAGUAGACUACUCGGUGCAAUUGGUGAAAUUACGAGAGACGAACGCGGAUUUCGCUGGCCAACGAGCGUAGCACCCUACACUGUAUCAGUGUGCGUAGCACCUGGAAAUGAGUCACUAUCGCACCAGAUUAAAGAGCAGCUGGAUAUGUCCUUUGAAGACGACGUAAUGUACAGUUUCAAUGACAAAAUGGGACUUGGGGCCAGAAUAAACUAUUCUCACGCCAUUGGAAUCCCAAUAUGCGUAAUAGCAGGCCCAAAGAACUGGCCAAACGUCGAAUUGGAAAUCAGAGGCAAUAACUAUGGUAAUGAAAGCUGGAAACAAGAAUACGAAACCGCGAAGGACACUCUAAAAUGGCAGAUCACCGGUGAUAAGCACAUUGUCCCAAUUGAAAGUCUGCGAAAAGUAAUCUCCAUCAUUGCAAGAGACUUGUAA